GAGAGUUCCGGAGUGUGCGGGUCCAGCGCCGUCGCCAUGGAGACGGCCGACGGCCGGCUGUCGGUGUCGAAGACCCUGAGCGCUCUCAACGGUGUCCUGGCAGGAAAGGUCGGGGACGGGGCCCGCGGCGCAGUGUGGUUCAAGGAGAGCAGCAGCCGGAACUUGCGUAGCCGCGACUUCCUGGCCCCCCAGGCUGCCCUGCGGGCGGUGUUCGCGGAUGGACAGGUUCUUGAUGGUAUCGCCGGGAGUGUGUCAUUGCUAAAAUGUUCAGGUGUGCCACCCAUCCAGAGCUGCCAAAAAGGCUCGACGGGAUUGACAGUGCAGCUGGACAGACCUGCUGUCUUUGCGGAGAUCCUGAAAGCCAUCCCUUUAUAUGCCAAACCUCUGCCAAUAACCCCCGGGCACAGCAUUGUGCUCAACUGCGUGCCCCUGCACGGGUGCAAGGGCCUGAACUCGUUCAGCCUGAGUCAUCUGAGAGCCAUCCUGGUCACCGACCACCUGUCCGGCAUCCUCCAAGCUCAAGGGGUGGAUGUACGUCUGGCCCCCUUUUUGGCUGACGAGGAAACCCAGAGGUUCCUGCGCCAGCUGCAGAUUGAGUGGCCCUCGGGUUUGGAAAUGUCCCCCACCUCUGAGGAUGUUCUCGCCAUGAAGGAUGCCCUUCGCCAGUGCCCUCAUGCCACGUUUGCCGAGACGGACCAGGAGGGAGUCGUGUGCAAACUGCACUUGAGAGGGUUCUUGGGGAACCAGCAGCAGCAGCAGGAGAGCCUGGAAGGAUAUGACCCGAACCUGGAUGUAUUCCUCGUGACGGAGGAGAAGCUGCUCCACGUGGCUGAGCUGCAAAGCGUGACCUCUCAGUGCGCGGCGCUUGCUCCAGGGAGCUGCUACGGCGUUGUGCAUGUGGUGAGCCAUGAGGAGGCAUUCCAGCAGCAGAAGGUGGACCUGCUGUGGAGGCUGGUAGCUCCACAAGCCCCUCCUGCCCUCCAGAAACACCUUGUCUGUGGGCCAGUGAAAGUCCCUGCUGCUGCUGCCUCUCCUGUGAGCGUUCUUCAGUACUUCCAGCUGAGGCACUCUCAGAUGUACGAGGCUUCUGUGCUGAAGUACGGAGACCUCUCCCAGGAUGAGGCCUGGACAGAAACCAUUGGUGUCUUGACAUCAGCCGCCAUCCGAUUUGAGAUGCUGAGCACAGCUCAUUGGAACAAGAUUCUCUUGGAUUUGGAGGAGGCCAGCAUCUCCACCAAAGGGACCAAGAGCGGCGCCUUCGUCAUGUACAAUUGUGCUCGUCUGGCCACACUGUUUGAAAUGUACCGGCGGGAAGCGGAGCGAGGUGUGUACCCAGCUUUUCCCCUUCCUUCGGAGCUGGACUACUCCUCCCUCAGAGAAGAGGGUGAAUGGCUCUUGUUGUUCAACAGCAUCCUGCCCUUCCAGGAGGUCUUGAGCCAAGUGAUACAACUCCCCAUCUCCAGCAGUGGGAUCAGGAUCACAGCCAGCACUGAGGCGGUUUGCAAGUUCCUGAUCCAACUGAGCAUGGAUUUCAGCUCAUACUACAACCGGGUGCACAUACUGGGGGAGCCACGUCCCCACUUGUUCAUCCAGAUGUUUUCCCGGUUGCAGCUUAUGAGAGCAGUCAGAGAAGUGUUCCACAGUGCCCUGAUGACCCUCCACCUACCUCCUCUUAACCAGAUCUGA